UGGUGGGACUGUCAAAAAAGAAAGUGAAAGAUAAGAACGAACCUGUGGCUGAAAGUUGGCUGGAGGGGCGCAGUAGGGAAGCUCGACGGGUGGUUGAAUCAUGAAUGUUGCCAGAAUAAGAAAGCAUCAACAACAACAGCUUCUUCUUCUUCUUACUCUUCUUUAGGGGUUUGUGUCUCAAAGUGGAAGAAUGUUUCUCAAGUGUUUCGGUUUGAAGAAGAAGAAACAUACUCCGUGUGAGACUGAGAGACCGUACCCAACAGUCAUAGAAGAGUUGUGCCAUCACUUUUCUCUUGCUGAUCUUAAGAAAGCAACCAAUAACUUCGAUGAAAAUAAUGUAAUUGGAGACCGAGGUAAUGGUAAAGUAUACAAAGGUUUUCUUCAACUUGAUCAUGUUGCUACUACAGUAGUAGCGGUGAAGCAAAUGGAUAAUUCUUCUUUUUGGGGACUGAAGGAGUUCAAGAAUGAAAUUGAGUUACUCUGCCAGCUUCGUCACCCUAAUUUGAUCACUCUUAUCGGGUUCUGCCUUCACAAAGACGAGAAGAUUAUUGUUUUUGAGUACAUGUCCAAUGGUUCCCUCGCUGAUCGCCUACUGAAUAGUAGGGAUGCAAGGAAACCGCUCUCAUGGAAGAAGAGAAUUGAGAUUUGCAUAGGAGCAGCACGUGGGUUGCACUACCUUCACUCGGGAGCCAAACGCAACAUUUUUCACCGUGACAUCAAACCUGCUAACAUUCUCUUGGAUGAAAAUAUGGUACCCAAACUCUAUGAUUUAAAGCUUUCCUUACAGGGAUCAUUGUUCACGGAAAAGUCAAAACCCAUUGAAGACUCAUUUGUUGGUACAUUCGGUUAUGCAGCCCCUGAGUAUCUCGCGACUGGUAUCAUUACAUAUAAAUGUGACGUUUAUUCAUUUGGUGUUGUUCUAUUAGAAGUGGUAUGUGCAAAGCGAAUUGGUAUGCAAAAAAUAGAAAUGUCUAAUAUUGGUUCAGAAUCUUCAGAUGAUGAUAUUACUUGGCGUUCUUACAUUAUGUUAAAGCUCCGAGCUAAGGAUAUUGAUCCGGCUCUAAUAGGAAUAAUUGCACCAGAGUGUUUUACUGUUUACAUAGAUAUCAUAGACAUGUGCUUGAAAGAAGAUCCAAAUGAACGACCAACAAUGGGUGAAGUGGAGUUGCAACUUGAGCAUGCUCUCGCUUUGCAACACGAAGCAGACAAUGCCAAUGAUACCAGCAGCAUUAUCCAACCUCAACAAGAAGAUGUUCCAAUUUCACAUUGAUGGGUGUUUGCCAUAUUUCUUACCCAACCUUUUGUUAAAAGGUCAGCCAGCUGAUGACUUGUAGGCAAAUGUUAUCUCACAUUUGAAAUAUCAAAUUGUUACAAAUCUGUUUUUAAUAGAUAACAUUAUCCAGUUGUUAGCUCUGCUAUUGUUUAGGUGACUAUGUAAUCUGUUAGUUUCACUUAUCUCUGUAAUGUUUCUUCUAUGAUGUAAUGACUGUCAGUAUUUCCAGAUCUUGGCUGAUUGUUUGCA